AUGUCGCCGCCGCCGCCGCGUCGCGCCGCGCCGCGCCGCGUUGAUCCAACCAGCCGGCAGGCCGGCCCAAAUCAGCAAGUCGAUAUAUCGAUUGGUCAUCCAAUCAAAGCAAAUGCAGCGCCAUCUAGCGACUUGCGAAGAAGGCUGUGCGACACCGUUCGUUCGGUCGUUCACUCGUUCGGUCGUUCGUUAGUUCGGUCGUUCGCUUGUUCGCUCGUUCGUUCGUUCGUUCGGUCGGUCGGUCGGUCGGUCGUUCGUUCGUUCGUUCGCUCGUUCGCUCGCUCGUUCGUUCGGUCGUUCGUUCGGUCGUUCGUUCGGUCGGUCGUUCGUUCGGUUGUUCGUUCGUUCGUUCGGUCGGUCGGUCGUUCAUUCGUUCGGUCGGUCGUUCGUUCGUUCGCUCGUUCGUUCGUUCGUUCGCUCGUUCGUUCGUUCGUUCGCUCGGCCGGUCGGUCGUUCGCUCGCUCGUUCAUUCGGUUGUUCGUUCGUUCGUUCGUUCGUUCGGUCGAUCGGUCGUUCGUUCGUUCGUUCGUUCGUUCGUUCGUUCGUUCGUUCGUUCGUUCGUUCGUUCGUUCGUUCGUUCGCUCGUUCGUUCGUUCGUUCGCUCGUUUGUUCGUUCGUUCGUUCGCUCGCUCAUUCGUUCGUUCUGUCGGUCGGUCGGUCGAUCGGUCGUUUGGUCGUUCGUUCGUUCAUUCGUUCGGUCGGUCGUUCAUUCGUUCGUUCGUUUGUUCGGUCGAUCGGUCGUUCGUUCGUCCGUCCGUUCGGUCGUUCAUUCGUUCGUUUAGGACGUCUUUUGGAAACUGUGUGCUACGAACGAAUGUGCGCUCGAACGCGCUCGCUCACGAGCGUAUUCUGUCGUUUGUAAUCAUAACGUGCUACUCAGUAUUAACACACAGUCGAAAGAAACGAGACUGCAACGGCCAGCAGUCCGUCGACGUUAUUGACUGA